AUGGCCACCGAAAGGCUAGGAUCCAUCCUCAAGCACCUCACCCCGGGCUCUGCUGUCUCCAAGAUCACCUCCAAGAAUGCCGACGACAUCGUCAUCACCCUAGCCGUGCGCACCCCGCUCUGCAAGGGCAAGAAGGGCGGCUUCAAGGACACCAGCCUCGAGUACAUGGUCAUGGCCCUGCUCGAGCAGGUCCGGAAGCGCUGCAACCUCGACCCGGCCCUCGUCGAGGACAUCGCCUGCGGCAACGUCUCGGACGCCAAGGCCGCCUACAAGCUGCGCUCCGCCCUCCUCGCCGCCGGCUUCCCCAACACCACCUCGGCCGCCUCCAUCAACCGCUUCUGCUCCUCCGGCCUCAAGGCCACCGCCGACAUCGCCCACGCCAUCCAGGCCGGCUCCAUCGAGAUCGGCAUCGCCAUGGGCGCCGAGAGCAUGACCAUCGGCGGCGACGCCCUCGAGAAGCCCUUUGACGACGCCGUCACCUCGCGCUCCCAAGAGUCCCACGACUGCAUGCAGCCCAUGGGCUGGACCAGCGAGAACGUCAGCCGCGACUUUGGCAUCUCCCGCCAGGAGAUGGACCGCUACGCCGCCGAGAGCUUCCGCCGCGCCGAGGCCGCCCAGAACGCCGGCUGGUUCGACGACGAGAUCGUCCCCAUCGCCACCAAGGUCCGGGGUCCCGACGGCGCCGACAAGGACGUCACCCUGACCCGCGACGAGGGCAUCCGCCCCGGCACCACCGCCGAGAGCCUCGGCAAGAUCCGCUCCGCCUUCCCCCAGUGGGGGCCCACCACCACCGGCGGCAACGCCUCCCAGAUCUCGGACGGCGCCGCCGCCGUCCUGCUCAUGAAGCGCUCCACCGCCAUCCGCCUCGGCCAGCCCAUCGUCGGCAAGUACGUCGGCAGCACCGUCGCCGGCCUCGCCCCGCGCAUCAUGGGCAUCGGCCCCUCCCUCGCCAUCCCCAAGCUGCUCGCCCAGCACGGCCUGACCAUGGCCGACGUCGACGUCGUCGAGAUCAACGAGGCCUUUGCCAGCAUGGCCGUCUACUGCCGCGACAACAUCGCCGGCCUCACCUGGGACAAGAUGAACCCCCGCGGCGGCGCCAUCGCCCUCGGCCACCCCCUCGGCGCCACCGGCGCCCGCCAGAUCGUCACCGGCCUCAGCGAGUGCAGGAGGACCGGCAAGAAGGUCCUGCUGACCAGCAUGUGCAUCGGCACCGGCAUGGGCAUGGCCGGUCUGUUUGUCAGCGAGCAGUAA